CACUAUACCAGCUUUGAUCAAAGAAAACGAGCUAAUGCAGCUUAUCUAAUUGGUGCUUAUUCAGUCAUUUACCUUCAAAAAACACCAGAAGAGGCCUACAGAUCUCUUGUAGCAGGGAAGAAUCCUCCUUAUAUGCCAUUCAGAGAUGCCUCCUUUGGAAAUUCCACCUACCACCUAACUAUUCUAGAUUGUUUACAUGCAAUCAAUCAGGCCUUGCAACACGGCUUUCUUAAUUUUGAAAAAUUUGAUGUGGAUGAAUAUGAGCACUAUGAGCGUGUUGAAAAUGGUGAUAUUAACUGGAUCAUCAAUGGCAAAUUUCUGGCUUUCAGUGGACCCCAUCCAAAAAGCAAAGUUGAAAAUGGUUAUCCUCUCCAUGCCCCAGAAGCCUAUUUUCCAUACUUCAGGAAACAUGGUGUUACCACAAUUAUAAGACUUAACAAGAAAAUUUAUGAUGCUAAACGCUUUACGGAUCUGGGUUUUGAACACUAUGACCUCUUCUUUGUUGAUGGAAGUACACCAAGUGAUUCCAUUGUGAAAAGGUUUUUAACAAUCUGUGAGAAUGAGGAAGGUGCUAUUGCUGUACAUUGUAAAGCUGGUUUAGGAAGAACGGGCACUUUAAUAGCCUGUUACAUAAUGAAACACUACAGAUUCACUGCAGCAGAAGCCAUCGGAUGGAUUAGAAUAUGCCGGCCAGGGUCUAUAAUUGGUCCACAGCAGCACUUCUUGGAGGAGAAACAAGGUCAUAUGUGGCUUGAAGGUGAUAUUUACAGGUCUUUGAAAAAACGACGGGCUCUGGAUAAAGAGUGCACUGGAUUAACCCGGAUCAUUUCUGGCAUUGAUGGUCUCUCUCUUGGUGGAAACAUGAGAAUGUAUUCUGUAGAUAAGGCUGUGGAGAAUAAUUAUCCUGAAGAUGGAAGCCCAGCAACAGCAAAUUAUAUGACUCAGGGAGAUAAACUUCGUGCCUUAAAAAGUAGGAGACAACCACGAUCAGCAACAACUGGAACAUUAAGGCUAGAUGAUAUGAAAAUUCACUCAAGAUCUCCAUCACAACCAUUCAGAGUCAAUUAUUCAAGUACUGGCCAAGGAUCAAUGUCACCUCUAAAAUCAUCAAAGGUCUCAACUACUUCUGCAAGUCCUCGAAGAAUCUGCAGAAGUCCGUCGCCCAUAAACAGUAAUAACAAAAGCCUCUCCAUAAACUCCAGGCUAGGCAAUUCACUAGGAAAUCUGUAUGCUGCCCCUGAUGAACCUGACAACGUAGUGACAUCAACUCCUAGGUCGAGUUUUACAGCUGGUUAUUCCUCCAACCAGCCUUAUAACAACUCGCAGCUUUCUGCGAGAUUUUACCAAGAACUGAACAACAACUACUACAGCAAAUGCAACAGUGGCACUACCUGCAGUAUCCCCAUCAAUACUUGUUCCCGUCCGAAGGAUGAUUACAUCUGUAGAACCACCUUUGGUGGCCUCACUCCUGGCACCAUGCGAUAUCUAAGUCGUUCACACCCCUCACUUCAGUCUGAAUAUGUUCAGUACUAAAGCAUCACUACUCCGCUGAAAAUGGAAAAUAUUGUGGCUGAAAAAGCAAGGAAGCUGAAGACUAACCUUCUUGGGCUAGAAACUAGGGAACCUUUAAUAAUUUGUAAAGGGCCAGUAAUCGCUGCAUUGCAACAGCAAUACUUUGGAAAUGACUUUUCAUGUCUGCAUCAAGUAUUGGGAGCUGAUAAAUCAGUAUUGCUGAACUAUAAGAUUCCAGUUAAUGACCAAUUCUCCAUUUUGCUGCGCUGUCAUAAAUGGCAAUUUGACUAACAUGAGCUGACAAGUGAAGCCUGGCAGCUGAUUGGCUGCAAAUAAGGCAAGACUUUGGGUUCUUGUAAAGCACCCUGCAAGAUUCUAAAUAAAAACUUAAGCCUAGGAAUAUUAUAACCCUCCAAUGCUAGUGUUUACACCAAAUGAACCAUUUACAAGGUGCAUUAUAGCAAGGAACAUGUAGAAGAAAAUUUUGCACCUCUUCCACAGCCUUAAACAGCAUCCAAUAGCAGUAGUGAUGGAGAGACUUGGUUUUGCAGUCUUAAGACAUGAAAACCUUUGAGUUCCAGUAUUUGCUGUCACCUGCACUUCCCUGUACUCACAUUGCAUAUUAUCCCCAGUUCUAGCCAAGCUGCUUAAGGGAGCAUUUCGUGUCAGUGUGCUCCACCUUGUGCCGGUAGAACUGAGAUCAACUUAAAUGUAGUUUAAGUGUGCAUAAGUACAUUGUCCAGAUGACUCCAACCCUCAGGCUACAUCAGUAAAACACAACGAUCAGAGGCAUUGGAAUGGAAGGAAGGAUGGUGCUUAGAAUAGUUAACAUUAAAUCUGAACAUAAACCAUGGUUCCAAAUUAGAUGGAAAGAAAUAUUGAGAGUUUAAACCUUCCAUUUAUUUUUAGGAAUGCAUCAGAAUAAAACACAAUUUAAACUAUUGAACAGAUUUCUGAUAUUAGAUUUUAUUUACAUAAGUUACUUUUUAAAGAAAUAAGCUGAUUAUUCAACUCAGACCUGUUUUGAAUUGUGCACUUAUAAAAAUCACUUAAGAUGUGUGUAAAUGUACAGUUACAAAUUUUUAAUGUAAGGUGUGAAAUAUGACACCUGCAUGCAAAGUCAACUGAUUUAUUUUUUGGUUCAAAGACCUGUUUUAUAAAUUUACUUUUUUCACUUUGAUAGUGUAUGUAUAAAUAUAUAUAUAUUUGGUAUCGUAAAUAAAAGUAUUGUACUUGCCCUGUUCUUUCCAGAUGUUCUAAUGUAGUGGCAUUUCAUUGUUUUAGUAAACGUACCAUUCAGGUAAUGGCAAUAUAAUUCAAAAUUAAUUUCUUUAAUCUGUCCUUUCUGAACUGUAUAGUUCAAAAUAUGAAAGCUUUUUGGACAGUUUUUUUAAAGUUGUCCAUAUUUGGGGGGGGUGGGGGGGGGAAUUGCUUUAGCUUGUAUGAAUAACUAAUGGAUAAAGUGAUGAGGAAAUUUGGGAAGAUUAAAAAAAACAGCUAAAUUGAUUUUUGGUAUGGUUAAUUGAGAGAUGGGGUGGGGGCAGAGUAUGCAAAGUAAAAAUUUUGAUUUUUAAGUGUUUAAAAGAAAUAUUUUGCAAAUCAACUGGAGCAAAACCUUGUGUUAUCAAUACAAUAAAACUAUUUUAAUAUAAUUGCAGUAAAAUCAUUGAAAAGUUUGUUUAUAGAAUACUUAAAUUGUAAUCUGUUUGCUGUUUAAAAUGAUGUAUAUUUUAACAAUAUGUAGGCAGCAGAAAUAUAUUGUCAAGAUUCUACCUCGUGAAAAGAGAUUUGAAAGAUACAGAGCUUGGAGCUCUUGUAUUUUCCAUGCUCUGCAUGAAGUUUUAAAAUUUUUAUGUUAAUUUCUUAACCAUAGGCCAGUAUUUUUAAAAAAAAGUACCCAAUUAAAGUUCCAUUUUAAAUAUUAA